AUGCUGCAGCAAGAUGAUGAUUCACAAGAAUUAUUAGCUGUAUCUGCUUCAUCAGGUUCAAAUCAUAGUAAGGAUAAUUUAUCAAAUUUAAAUAACAACCUAGAGAAUGGAGAUAAUAUUGUAAAAUUAUCUGAAUUGCAAGAGCAAAAAACUAAUACAAUAUUAGGUAAAUUGACAGAAUUUAUAAAAAUUAAUUUUUUGGGUUAUAAAAACGAAUUUGAAAAUUAUAUAUUAAAAAAUGAACCAAAUGAUUGUUCAUUAAUUGCAAAAUAUUAUAAGACUAUAGAUAUAGAUUUAAAAAAUCAACCAAAAUUAUCAAUAGAUUCAAUUACAUUAAGUAGUAUACAUAUACCCCAUCCAUUAGUAAGCUUCACAAGAAAUGAAGCAAAUCAAUCAACCGAUGAAAAUAUUACAAAAGAAUUACAAGAAAGUCCAAUAAUUGUAUUUAUUCAUGGUCUUGGUGGACAAAUGUCACAAUUCGAACCAUUGAUGGGAUUAUUAUCACAAUGUUCUGAAAUUAUAUCGUUAGAUUUACCAGGGUUUGGGAAUUCAAAAAUUGAUUUUUCAAGUGAUCGAAAAUUUAUAUCAAGUAUCACUGUAGACGAUCAAUUGAAAAUUUCAUCAAGUAUUAAACGAAUGAACUGGGAUGACUUUAAAACUGAAAACAUUGUAAAUAUAGUUUAUGAAUUCAUAUUACAACAAAUACCAGAAAACAAAACUAUCGUGCUAAUUGGUCAUUCAAUGGGGACUCACAUAUCAAUAAAAUUAGCUAAAAAACUACCUCAUCAAAAAGUAGAAGGUUUAAUAUUAUUAUCACCACCAGAAAUAUUAGAUGAUACAGAACUAACAACUGAAAUUACACAAUCUAGUAGAUCAUUAACUAAAUCAUUGGCAUUUUUGAAAUUUUUCACAUAUUUCCCUUUUUUAUUUAAUUAUUUUAGAACUUGGGACAGAUUACCUGGUUUGAAAAGUCAUAGUGUGACGAGACAAUUAUCUAAAACAAAUAAUAGAUUUUAUAACAGUUUAAGACAAUUUAGAUGGAAUUUAGAUGUUAAUUCAAAAAUAUCGUUGAGGUAUGUCAACGGUUUUCAAAAGGCUACAACUUCAGAAUUAAUUAGAGGUAUCAAAAAAUUUAACGAUAAUCCUCUAGAUAAACAUGUAUAUGAAAAAACAUUAUUCAUAUGUGGAUCAAAUGAUCAAUUAACCGGAGUAUCUGCAAUUUAUAAAGGUGAUGAAUUUUUAACUAAAACAUUCAAUAAAAAAGUAUCAUCAGUAAUAGAAGUAAAAGAUGUUGGACAUUCAUUAUUAUUAGUCAAACCAGAAUUUAUAAGUGGGAUGAUACUAAAUCAUAUCGAACUGAGAUUUCCAGAAAGAUUACAUUUAUCACCAGCUUGGGUAUUAAAAGUGAAAGCCUUGAUUUCAGGAGAUAAAUGGGGGAUGAAAAAUGAAUUGAAAUGGCUGAAUUUGAAACCAAUAUCGUCCAAUAUAACAAGACACAAUGGUACUGAUAUUGCUCCAUUAUUAGGUAUGAAAACUUUAAGAGAAGAAGAUUCUGUUCACUCUCCAACUAUUGUUGAAUCAUUAUUUUACGAGACAAAUGCUCACAAUAAGGAUAUUAAAGGUAAUCUCAUAGCUAUAAUUGAUAUUUCAGCUGAUAUACCACCCUAUAGCCCCAAAUCAUUCAAGACAAUAAAGUAUUAUAAAUGUGCAACAGUCUCAAAAGUAGUACCAGAUCAAAGUGCAAUAAGAAGAUUCAUACAAUUAAUAGAUGAUAUACUAAACAGUAAUACAAUAGAAAACCCAUUAAUAGGCGUACAUUGUCAUUAUGGAUUUAAUAGAACUGGAUUUUUAAUAUGUUGUUAUUUAAUUGAAGUAUUGGGUUGGUCAGUUGAAGAAGCCGUUGAAGGAUUUAAAAUUGCAAAGCCACCUGGUAUAAAACAUCCUCAUUUUAUAGAUGCAUUAUAUGUUAGAUAUGAUAAAUAG